CGGCGCUGAAUUGGUUUUGUGGCCUCAACUUGAGAGAGAGGUAUGGUAGCAAACUCCGACACAGGGCAAGCGAUCCAGGCGGUCUUCGACCGCUGCGACAUGGACAAAAGAAAUGCAUGCGGCUGCUGGGAAUGAAUCCAACUGAGAAGGAGGUGCAGGUGGCAAUGGAAAGUGUGGAUGAAAACAAGAACGGAAAGCUGGAGUUCGAAGAGUUCCGCACACUGAUGGAGCCGCGAUUGUCUGAAUGGCUUCAAAAUGAUCAGGUAGCGAUCCUUACAGAUUGCUUCAAGGUCUUUGACACCGAAGGCAAUGGCAAGAUCAGCAAAGAGAUGCUGGGGCACAUCAUGACGUCACAGGGCGACAAGCUGAGUAAUGCCGAGCUGGACAGGAUGAUGAAGGCGGCGGAUGCAGAUGGCGACGGAAUGGUCGAUUACAAGGAGUUCGUGAUCAAUCACUUCUUCGGACCAAAUAGCAAAGUAUCCACUGGCUCAUGGGGCUCGCAGACAUUGUCUUGGGUAGGCUCAGUCCCUGGUCAGAUCUCCAAUGCCUACACUGCGGCAGCAGAAUCUAUCAAUGCAGCGGUAUCACAUGGUCCUGGUGUUGCAGAAAUGAUGGACAAUGUGAAGAGUGCAGCAGGCACUGCAGCAAGUAAAACUCAAGAGAUAGUAGCAAACGUAUCUACAGAAGAAAUGAUGGAAGGCAUCAAGGAUGCUGCUGCCAAUGCAGCAACUGCAGCAGGCGAUGCAGUGACUGCAACACAGGAGGCUAUCAAUGUUCAGGCAACCAAAGCUGCAGAAGCAAUGGCACCUGCAGAGGUGGCAACCCAAGAAGCAGCAACAGAAGUUGAGCCGAAGGAAGAAGUGCCAGCAGAACCAGCAGAGGAUAAGAAGGAGGAGGCACCAGCAGCAGAAGCAGACCCGGAGGAGCCGAAGGAAGAAGUGCCAGCAGAACCAGCAGAGGAUAAGAAGGAGGAGGCACCAGCAGCAGAAGCAGACCCGGAGGAGCCGAAGGAAGAAGUGCCAGCAGAACCAGCAGAGGAUAAGAAGGAGGAGGCACCAGCAGCAGAAGCAGACCCGGAGGAGCCGAAGGAAGAAGUGCCAGCAGAACCAGCAGAGGGUAAGAAGGAGGAGGCACCAGCAGUAGAAGCAGCUCCGGAGGAGCCGAAGGAAGAAAUGCCAGCAGAACCAGCAGAGGGUAAGAAGGAGGAGGCACCAGCAGCAGAAGCAGCCCCGGAGGAGCCGAAGGAAGAAGUGCCAGCAGAACCAGCAGAGGAUAAGAAGGAGGAGGCACCAGCAGCAGAAGCAGUCCCGGAGGAGCCGAAGGAAGAAGUGCCAGCAGAACCAGCAGAGGGUAAGAAGGAGGAGGCACCAGCAGUAGAAGCAGCUCCGGAGGAGCCGAAGGAAGAAGUGGCAGAGGAUAAGCAGGAAGAUGUGCCUGCAGAACCAAAUGCAGCUUCACCAUCCUUCCUGUGAGAAGCACAAGCAACCACCAUUUACAUGUGACGAUGUUGUAUGUGACGAUAUUUUUCAGUCAGUCCAGAUGGGCACGUAUGGGUUCUUUCCGAUUAAAUGCGGAUGCAGAUGAUUUGCUUGAGAGUGGGUUUGACAGCAAAUGCGGUACUUGCUGUCGAGCCACGACUUGCUGUCAUUGGAAAGUGCAGCAGUGAUAAUGAACGGUUCGCAGCCUCCUGAACAUUUUUACUGCAACUGAUCAUAGUAUUACUACGUAUUACUAUCCUAUCUUUCUAUCAUGGUUUUUAAAAACAAUGCUUGAUGAGGUCGUUGCUACACGCUGUACAUAUAAUAUGUACACCUGCGCUAGUAUGCUUGCCAAGCAAGCUUCUCCUUUGACGGCUGCGCCAUCCCAGCUGAAAGCUGCUUUGUGCUGCAUUGUAGAUCCUGCGGAAAUUGGCUGUCAGGAGGUAUUGGUAACCCAAGGAUGCCUGCUUUAUUUGCUAACGCUCCCGCCACAAAAUGCAAG